AUAGAUUGGUUCAUGAGAUCUCAUACAUUCAUGUUAGGAUUGAGUACAUAAAUUUCUUAGGCCUCUCUGUAACUGGUAAGUGCCAAUUUAUUGGGAGGUCUUUAAUUAGCUCUGCACCUUAUUUUGCCUAUGGCCUGAGUUAUAGCCGGAACACUAAUAUAAUUUAUCAAGGCUUAAGAGUCACAUUUGAAUUUUGAAGUAAGCUUCUUGUCUUUGGCUGGGUAAAUUGACUUACGAAUAUUGUUAGACUCAGUCCAUCCCAUUCUGCUUAUGAUUAGAGAUGUUUAACUCAAAGGCUAUUUAUGAAAAUCAACUUUGAGCAUCACCUCUCCAAUGGAAUCUUAUGGUUGCCUUUGCUGAUGAAUUGUAUGGGGUCUUAAGUGACAGUUAAGAGAACACAUAGUGGUGAUUUGAGCAUUGUGAGCCUUUAUUUUGUUGUUGUGUAUGAAAUUCAGAUACUGCACACACUAGACAAAGUCCUAAGACUGAGGCAUUUUCUAAUGUAUUCCCUUUCAUGCAACGUACGGGUGCAAGUGAAUAAUUUUGUGAUUGAGACUUGAUGACUGUUUUGAAGAUGGAUGUUUGGGAAAACCACUAUGGCACUAUGCAUAUGUUCUGUCUUUUUUCUCACAAGUUCGGGUAGGUGAUGCCGAGUUGAAACUGAAAAUUGGAAAGACAGGAACACAAUCAGAUUUUAGGCUAUUGUACGAUAUAGAACUAAUGAGUAGUCCGUCGUCAGCUAACUCACAUGUGGGUGAGGAUGAAGGUGGUGUUGGAGAUAAUAACAAGGGUUCUCCUUUGUGGCAAUAUGUAACAAUUAUCAGUGAAGCUAAGAAGGGACAAGGUGGGAAUUGUGAGUGGAAGUGUAGUUUUUGUGGGAUAAAGUUUCAUGGGUCACAUUAUAGAGUGAAACAACAUCCACUUAAGAUAAGUGGCAAAUGGAUUAGAAUAUGUCAAAAGAUCGGUGAUGCUAAGCAUAUGGAGCUUACUACUUUGAUGGAAUCACAUGAGUUAAGUAAGAAAAUGGCCGGACCUAAAUUAGUUCCUCUCCCUUCAUCAAGCAAGGAAGGUUCUUCGUGUGGAAGUACAUUUAGAGUUGGGCUAGAUCUGCUUGAUGAUAUAGUGGUAGACACUUCUAAGAAGAGGAAAGGAGUGAGUGGACCGCUUGAAAAAGCAUUCAAUAAUGGUGCUAGAGAGCAAUUAGAUGGUGAAAUAGCAAGGAUGUUUUAUACCGGUGGCUUGUCUUUUAAUCUCGCCAAGAAUCCUCACUACAUCCGUGCAUUCAAUCGAGCAUGUGCUUGUCCAAUUGCCGGUUACCGUCCACCCGGUUACAAUGCAUUGCAGACAACUCUUCUAGAGAAAGAAAGAAACCACAUUGAGAGGUUGUUAGAACCGAUUAAGCUCACAUGGAAGGCAAAGGGGGUUAGUGUGUGUAGUGAUGGGUGGUCUGACACUCAAAGAAGACCACUUAUUAAUGUCAUGGCAGCUUGUGAGAGUGGACCUAUGUUCUUGAGGGCUGAAAAUUGUGAAGGAGAAUCCAAAGACAAGCACUUCAUUUCAGACUUGCUCAUUGAUACUAUCUUGGAGAUCGGUCCACAACAUGUAGUCCAGGUAAUCACUGAUAAUGCAAGCAAUUGUAAGGCUGCAGGAGCUAUUAUUAAUGCUAGAUUCCCACAUAUAUUUUGGACUCCAUGUGUGGUGCAUACACUUAACCUUGCUUUAAAGAACAUAUGCACACCUAGCUCAAUUGUGUCUAAUAGGGCAGCUUAUGAUGAAUGUAAUUGGAUUAGCCAAAUAGUCGAUGAUGUGUAUUUUGUAAAGAAUUUCAUCAUGAACCAUGGUAUGAGGUUGGCUAUGUUCAAUCAACAUUCUUCAUUGAAGAUGUUAUCGGUUGCCGAGACACGUUUUGCAUCCGUUGUUGUAAUGCUUAAGAGGUUUAAAAAGAUUAAGCAAAAUCUACAACGCAUGGUGAUUAGUGAUGAAUGGGAUAAUUAUAAGGAUGAUGAUGUGGGAAAAGCAACGGCGGUGAGUGAUUACAUUAUAAGUAAUGAAUGGUGGAAGAAAAUUGACUAUAUCUUUUCCUUUACAUUACCUAUAUAUGUGAUGCUUAGAAGAUGUGACACGGAUGAGCCAUGUCUUCACAAGGUAUAUGAGUGGUGGGAUACCAUGAUUGAAGAAGUGAAGGUGGCUAUCUAUAAGGAAGAAUGCAAGGAAUAUGUAGAGGAGUCUCCAUUUUACAAUGUGGUGUAUUCCAUUUUGCUUGCAAGAUGGACCAAGAGCUCCACACCUCUUCAUUGCAUGGCACACUCAUUGAACCCAAGAUAUUAUAGUAUGGAAUAUCUUAAUGGAGCUCAUAAUCGUAUUCCUCCACAUCAAGAUAGUGAGAUUGGAAAAGAGAGAAAAGAAUGUCUCAAGAAGUACUUUGCUAAUGAAGAUGAGAGGAGGAUGGUUAAUGAGGAGUUUGCCUCUUUUUCGGCAUGCUUGGAUGAGUUUGCAAGUAGUGAUUCCAUGAAUGAUAGAGGUAAAAUGGACCCUAUAAAAUGGUGGAUUGUUCAUGGUUCUACCACACCAAAUAUCCAAAAGCUAGCCUUAAAAUUACUAGGGCAACCUUGCUCCUCUUCAUGUUGUGAGAGGAAUUAGAGCACCUACAAGUUUAUACACUCAUUGAGAAAGAAUAGGAUUACACCUCAAAGAGCCGAAGACUUGGUUUUUGUUCAUAACAAUCUUAGGCUCCUUUCAAGAAGAACCCCACAAUACAAAAAUGGGGAUAUGUGGGAUAUUUGAGGAGAUGAUUAUGAUACAAUGGUUAAUGUGAAUGGUGGUAUGCUUGAGAUUGCAAACCUCUCUCUUGAUGAACCGGACUUGGAAGGUGUAAUAUUUGACAAUGAGGAUGAAGAUGAUUGAAGAGAGGAAGACAUCACAUUCUAUAUAUCAUGGUUACUACUUCUUAUUUUUUAUUUUGCUUGAACUUAUUUAGUUAAUUAAUGGACUUAUGUAGUUAUGUUUAUUGUA